CUGAGCGCGGUAGUCGUCGCACAGUCGGCCCAGCUCAACCGACCAGUAUUCGAUUGGCAGCGGUUCGAGCAAGAACGGCUUUUCCCCCAGCAGUCGGAGUUUGGGCGCGCGCGUGUUCAGUGACUAUUGCAAGUUCUGCAGCCAGCUGAACCACGAGAACGUGACUUUGAACGGGGAGUUGCGGUUUUCAACGGUUGCGACAGUUUUGUGACUUUCGGCGUGACCGGGAAAGUGGCCUUUGUAAGUGCGAGGGGGAGUUGUCGUGUGUCAUUAGCAGAAUUGAAGUUGUGAAGAAGCUGAAAUGGUGCUUUGAACGUGAGUGGGAUAAUUUUGAGGAGUUGCUGUGACAGAAAAAACGGUAGCAAGCGGUGACAACGAAUAACAGCUAGCAAAGUGACGACGGCCACGUGAUUGUGAAGCUGGGCACGGAAGUUGGUCAGUGAACUGCAUUUAAAUUUGUUGGAAGAGUUUUGGUUGGAUGAACUUAAGCUAUUAAAUUGAAGAGCACCACCACCUGAGCCCGGCGAGUGGUCAUCACCUUGACACAGGUCGACCAUUUUUUUGUAGACCUGUUCGUCAACUUUGAAAACGACGCAGACGACGACGACGUCGAUGAAGGUGUGACCCGGUGCCCCUUCUUCUUGACCACGGUGAACGCCAAUGGACCGGCGAUACCUCUGAACGAUCUACCCCCCAGGCAGGACGACGACGGGGGCGUGCCCGGCCGAAGUUGGCAUGACGAAGCUCGGCGGAUGGCCGAACGUGCUGGGCACACUGCUGGGGCCGUCGCUGGUGGCCACACUGUUGGCGCUGCUGCUGUUGACGACCCACCCGGACAGUUGCGAUGGUCAGCGGGAGUCACAGUUGCGUCUCGGGAAGGCGAUCAACAUCUUCAUCCGGUACGGCUACCUGUCGAUCUCGAUGAAGGUGAUCUCGUACAACGAUAGCGAGACGUGGCUGUUCAAGGAGCCGACCAAGAACAUCUUCAAGGGCCUCGAUCUACUAAAAACCGAAGAGUACGAGGUGAAACCGGGCAUCUUCAACGGGGACUUCCACAUGGAGUUCUGCGACAACAAGCGGCAGCUGUUCCAGGCGUACUUCCGCGACUUCCAGAUCGAGCGGCUGGACAGCCCCUGGCGGGCGUACACCGAGGGCUGGCACACGGAGAUCGCGGCCAAAAAGCUAGGCAUCCAAAGCAAGUACCUCGAGCGGGACGACUACUGCUACGUGCUGGUGCGGGUGUCCCGGUUUCGGGACAGCGCCAAGUUCGCCCGCGUCAUUCCACCGAACCAGGUGCUGGAGAGUGACGUCGCGAGGCGCGUUCAGGGCGUUACGAUAGGGGACACGACGUCGGCGGUGCAGUUCAUGAACAAGUACGGCACGCACUACAUCAACUCGUACGUGACGGGCAACUCGCUGUACCAGGUGUUUGUGUUCAACAAGCGAAACUACGCCCACAUCAAGGAGAAGCUCAAGUCCCGGGGAGUGCUGGCACUGUCCAAGGUGGACCUGUACGACCACUUUGCCCCGUGGUACGUGGAACACAUGGGCAAGAUCCGCUGUGCCAGCGGGAACACCACGGUUGAAGCGUGGGCCUCGCGCAAGCUGCGGCUAUCGUACUACGUGUUCACGUACAGCAGUCUGCUGAAGCUGCACGGAGAUGGUGCGCUGUUGCGAAUAUUGAGCGAACUGCUCCAGAACGAGGCCAUCCUGCAGCUGGACCUCAAAUCGCUCAGUGUCAUCUUCAAGGAACCGGCGAAACGUGCCUGGUUCGAGGAAAUCCUCGACAACUAUCUCAAACUGUGGGAGGUGAACAUGUAGAAGGAAUGGGGGGAGGGAGUGGAAGUUCGGGGUGUAACGUAGUUGACUCAAAGACUCAAAGACAGAGCUGAACUGUGACGGUGCUAAGGCCUAAAGUGGCCAACACGCCAAGAUAAUCCCUAAUCUAGACCAGAAGAGUUGCUGAACAACAACAACAACAAUAACCUUGGCCAGUCCCAGUGAGACUUGAAGAAUGGGCCGAAGAAUGCAAAAGAAUGUGAAGAAAAAUCGCUACUGGUCGAAGGAGGCUUCCUCGUUCGGAACGAAUUGGCCAACUGAGAUUGGAAGUCGAAAGCCGGGCACGUGUGCGAGCGCGAAUAACAAAAACAAAAGACAAAUUUCCACGACACGUGCUCAAGAGCAGUGGUAAUGUUAGUGAAUCCCCUUUUUUAAAGUGCUUUAAUUGGAUAAAAGCUCAAAUUUCAACUUAAAAAUAAACUUUUUGGAUUGAAUGUCUUUUUCAAGAUUUAAAAUUUUUAUGACGUCUUUGAUGUUUCACUUCAAAAGUUUCACAUUAUUUUUCGAGAUAGAAAUAACUUCUGAAUUCUUAGUUUGUAUGGAGAAACCAAUGAUGCAAAAUUGAUUAUUUGAACAAAGGAAUCGAUGGACAUAGUUCGACUUGACUUGCAUAGAAUUCAAAUUUUAUUUGACUGUAAAUGAUUUGCUGUGACGUUAGAUUGAUGUCCCACGAUUUCAUAACCUUUUAAAUUUGAAGAUAAAUCAAUUUUACCGACAUUUAAAACCUUUACCAUUACCCAUCCAGAGCAUUUAAACUAAUUGAACUAAUUGGCCAUUUUGUAGCGCAGCGAGCCGCAGUCUUUUAAGGUAAAUCUCCGAGUUCAAAUCGUGCAAAGCUCCGAGACAGACAGAACAAUCGAACGGAGCAAGGUUAACAUUUAACUUAGACAAUAAAAACAAACUACAAACUACAACGUGUGGACAUAUGAGCAAUCAAUUCAACUACUUCACUGCUGUGAUAGAUUAGAUAGUAACUGAUGUAUAAAGGUAAGAUUCUCCCCCGCCACCUGACCAAAACGACGACCUUGGGUUUCGUGUGUGCGGCGCAUGACAAGAUUAUCUAAUGACGUUAGAGGGGACACCUUCCGGGGUGCCGGAAGAAGAGUCUCCCACUUCCGAGAUUGACACUAAUUGGAACGGAACAAGACAGACGACGGAUAAGUAGAAGAGAAUCGUGCAAUUUUAAACAAGUGCAACUGGACAAAACAAAUAAUGAAACGUUCCUCACCCGACUUAGACCUUAAGCACAUGAACCGCGGUUAGGUUUACGAAUAGUCUUCUAAUAGGUAGAACAACACUCUUUAAUUGGGGAUGAGCAUUUAGUUUGCACCGCAGCCACCAUAAACAACAAAAGAGAAGGAUGAGCAGUGGAUCAUGAGUAGAUUGUAGUGUAUAGAUAUUUAAGACCAAUUUUAAUUAUGCAUUCAGUUAGUCGCCAGCAAAAUAAGUGUAAAUAUAAUUUAAUGGAAAACAUAAUAAAAACAAGCUUUAAUAAUAUAA